CGUGAUUCCUAGUGACCUCUAGGACUUACCCAGAAGGCAAAGCACCGGUCUCUCCAGGUCAAGAUGGCGACGCGCGCACCUGCUGUAGCAUCAAGCCAAUGGCUCCAGAGUCUUCGAAAGUGGUAUUACAAUGCUGCAGGAUUCAACAAACUUGGGUUAAUGCGUGAUGACACACUUUAUGAAGAUGAAGAUGUUAAAGAGGCCAUAAGGAGGCUUCCAGAGAACCUGUAUAAUGAUCGGAUGUUUCGUAUCAAGAGAGCUUUGGACCUGACCAUGAGGCACCAGAUCUUGCCUAAAAACCAGUGGACAAAAUAUGAAGAGGACAAAUUAUACCUUCAACCAUAUCUGAAGGAAGUUAUACGUGAAAGAAAAGAGAGAGAAGAAUGGAAUAAGAAAUAAUCACAUCAAAAGAAUAUCAGUACAUUAGUCUUGAGAAUAUUUUUUAAUAGGGAUGGUUGUACAAAAUAUGAGGUUAGCUAACCAUUUGUAACCGUGUGCUGUGCAUUUAUUUAAAUAAAUGACUAUCAUAGGAACUGGUGAACUAGAAAACUUUGCAUCCGAAUAUCUUGAACCUUGCUAUAUUCACAUUAAAUCAGUGUUAUGUAAUUUCUGGUAUCUUUAAGGUUAUCCUCAUAACUACUUCCUGUAGCUUGGAGGAUGAGGUAAUUUUAAAUGAGUGAUCUUUUUCACCACUACUUUAGCUAAUUAACGAAUUGCUGUUGUUCCUUUAUAGUUAGCUGUGUAAAUAUGCAAUCAAGAUGAUUCUAGGAGAAAAUUCUAGCAAGAUGGUGUCAUGGAUAGGUAGCUGGAAUUUGAAUCAGGAGGAUGCAAUCCAGGGACUAAGUCAGUGCUAGAAUCCAUGUCUCUUGUCUGAGCUGAGUGUUCUGUCUCCUAUAACUCUGCCUCUCCAAGUGGUAUAGAAAAUCCAGUGAAAUUUAUUUAUAGUGCAUUUCAAAGUUUUCUCUUUCUGUGGUUCAUUCAAUUCUAUACAACAUAAAUUCUAUUUGGAAAAUACGUAGAAAUAACCCAGUAACCAAAAUAAUUUAUAAUUUAUCAGCAUUUAUUGAAUACCCACUAAGUGCAAGAUACUCUUAUGUAGUUAGGAUACAAUACUGUCCUUUCUCCCAUUGGAUUUAUAAUCUGGGGGGCGGGGGGUGGGGUGAUGAGAGGUAGAUGGGUCGUACGUUAAAUAAUACAGUUAUUAUACAAUACUAUAUUAUACAGUACGAUAAUUAGCCUUUGAUAAGUACCAUGUAAAGGGAGUAUAUCUACGGGCUCUUGUAGGAGAUGAGAGUAAGAGAACAUUGUGCAUUAAGUAGAGCUGGAAAUGGUUUUAUGGAGGUGAGGUUUGAGCUGUUGCUGACCUCUGUAUUCUAAUCUGUAUUUGAGAGGAUUGGACAAAAAGAAUUGUUUCUCUUCCAGCUUGUGACUUUUAUUGACUAGACACUAAAUUUCAAACCUUAUUUUUGUUUUUGUUUUUCAGUCCUAAGCUUGAACUUUAAAAACAGGUCCAUAAAUAAAUUGAGGUUUUUAUUUUAAGAGAUAUUACCCAGGGACAUUUUUUCUUAUGAAAUUGAAACUUAUGAGCCUUCAUAACAUAGAACCUCUUAAUUCUUUAUUAAAUUUAAGAAUUUUUA